GUCUUUUUUGUCUCUCUUCCUUUCCAUUGCCCAAAAAGAAACAGAAACUUUUCUCCGAGAAUCCUCAUUUCUCCGUUGAAAAAAGGACCUUGAGAGGAAAUGUUUCACUGUUUCUAGGGUUCUUAUAAUCCACUUCCUCAUCAUUAGAGAAUGGAAAAUCUCCUCUUCUCUUUGAUAUUUCUUCGGAUUUCGCUUAUGUCCUGAAUCUCUUGAAGACCCAAUUGAAAAAAUCUCAACUUUUUUUCUCCCGGCGUUUCCGGCGAUAUACAAUGCGGAUUCUCGUGAAUCUCAUUCUCUUCUCCUUGAUUCCUCUGGCGUUCUCCAAUGAAAACUCCAGCUCGUAUCUCAUUGCGCGACCAUUGAUCUUCGAAACCCAGCUCAAGAACAUAAACGACAAUGUCAAUCUACAUUGCACGAGCUGGAGAUUCGCGGCGGAGACAAACAAUCUCGCUCCAUGGAAAACCAUUCCAGCUGAAUGCGCCGAUUACGUGAAAGAUUACCUGAUGGGUGAAGGUUACGUCGUCGAUGUGGAGAGAGUCUCCGAAGAAGCUAAGGUUUACGCGAGCAGCUUCGAAUCUAACGGUGACGGGAAAGACAUUUGGAUUUUCGAUAUUGAUGAGACGUUAUUGUCGAAUCUUCCUUAUUACAUGGAACACGGUUGUGGGUUGGAAGUUUUUGAUCAUUCAAAGUUUGAUAUGUGGGUAGAGAAAGGGAUAGCACCUGCUAUAGCACCAAGCUUGAAGCUUUACCAAAAGGUUAUACAUUUGGGGUACAAAGUUAUCUUGCUUACAGGGCGUAGAGAGAACCACCGGGUUAUCACUGUCGAAAACCUGCGCAAUGCCGGUUUCCAUAACUGGGACAAGCUUAUUCUGAGAUCGUUGGAUGAUCGGAACAAAACAGCGACCAUGUACAAGUCAGAGAAGAGAGAGGAGAUGGUGAAAGAAGGGUAUAGGAUCAGAGGCAAUUCAGGUGACCAAUGGAGUGAUUUGUUGGGUUCUGCAAUGUCAGAAAGAUCCUUCAAACUUCCAAAUCCAAUGUAUUAUAUCCCCUGAAGGGGAUCAACUAGAAUCAGGAGGCAAUUCAGGUUACUAAAUGGAGCAACCUACUGUUUUUGAAGUUUGGGUUGCCAUGUAAUCACUUGCAAUAAAUAUAUGUACUAAUGACUGCAUCGGCUUGCGUGUCUAAAUUUGUAGCUUAUUGAAAACUUUUUGUGGUUAAAGACGAAUCCAGUUAACUAACAUAAGUUUAACAAAA